AUGCAUCUCUCCCCUCAUCAUAUCAUUCCAUCUGCGAAGAAGGAAGUCCUCAAAGUCGUCUUGGAUGAGCCUCGUCUCUUUGUCGAAGAAUCACUUGGAUCAGUCAUGGUUCGUGGUGAAGUGAUUGUCAAUUUCCCAAAAGAUACGCAAAUACAGGGACCUAUUGAACUCUUGUUUGAGGGUAUUCAACGAUUUCAUCCUUGGCCAUUAAUUAUGCGCGGUGCUCCCACUGGCUCACCCAUUGAAACCAAGUUACAAGUUAUUGAAUUGUCAUUGCUACCACCAAAUACAAAAGGAAUCAUGCCUGCUGGCAUUCAACGAUUUCCAUUUGAAUUUCCAAUUCCUGCUUCAUUGCCAACAUCAGUUUAUAUCAAGGAUCGCCUCGAAAUCUUUUAUCAAAUGAGCGCUAUUCUUCGUCGUUCAUCUCAAGCUGACUUCCACCAACACAAUGAGAGUGCCGUCAAUCCUAUCAACUGGAUCGAUUGGGCUCGUCGCAAUACCACAUUCAAAAAAAAGUACACUGCCUGCUCACCUUUGCGCAUCGUUCGCGCUAUGGAAUCAAUCGUCUCGAAUGGCCUACCAACACCCAACACAAAUACCACAUCUGCAACAGCGACCACUGCUCAAUUAAGCCAAGAGGAACAAGAACAAAUAGAACCAGAACCAGAAACUACGACACCCACAGCUCAGCAAAACGUAUUGCCCUGGAAUCGACGUGGCUUGGAUGCCUAUCAAGGAACAUAUGAUGAACAACAUGAUCAGCUGGCAUUUUCCUUUGCUGGCAGAUCCUCGGGUAAUUUGAAUCAACCUAUCCACACAUUAAACGGCGUACAAGGCAUUCGUUACAAGAUUAGCGUUGAUCGUACUGCCAUUGCUCUUGGCACAAGUAUUGGCGUUGAACUCAUGAUUGAACCUGUUUGCGAAGACGCUGUCAUCAAAUCUGUCGUCUUAAAACUGAACGAAUCUCGUCGAUAUGCCAUGAAGGUGCCUGCUGGUCAUACUUGGGAUACAAGUGCGCCUGAAACCAAAAAAACAAAUGAGUGUACUACGAUGGUAUUGAAAUGGGCCUAUGGUUAUAAAGUAGAAGACGAAGAAGAUGAAAGUCGAGUUCACAAGCAAAUCAAGUCUUCCACCUCUACAGCAAAGAAAGGCGAACGCUAUCUUCGUCAACGUGUCGAGAAUAGUCAAUACCUCGCUUACUUUGAUCCUCCACAACCUGGUUGUCCUGAAGGCAAGCAAUUCCUCAACAGCACAUUUGACCGCACCAAGAAAUGCUUUGGAGAUAGCAGCUUGAUGCAAACGCAAGAACAUGAAUCCUCUUCAUCGAUUGCUGACCGAGAUAUGCUGAAUCUCAAGGAGCUUAACCAACCUGUGAAAGUAGGCGAGUACUUUGGCGGUAGAUUUGUCGUGCCUGUUCCAGACUGUUCCAACCUCUUGCAUCCAAGUAUGGAUUACGAAUCUAUCAAGAUGAGUCACUGGAUGCAAUUAGUUGUCACCAUUGAAUGUAACGGUAAAACCUUUGAUUUGCUCCUGGAUUCACCUGCUCGUAUUCUGGAUUGUCGACUGGUCGCUGACGAUGAGUCCCAGACAGUACUGCCUCCUCCUCCAUCUUAUCAACCUGGCGAUAGUCAUCUCUACAAUGAAAACAAUUGGUCACAAAGUACAUUUUGGGAGCAACGUGAACCCAUUACCUUUGUCUCUGGUUGGGGAUCUUGUAUGCCUUGUCCAUGUGAAUACAAGAGGCUCAAGGCCAGGAAAGCUAUUGCUGCCAAGAAGCCUCUGCUAGCUACAAAUAUGCACUCAAAUACCACCAAGACUAUCUCCAGCAGCAAAAACAAGAGCAACAGCAGCAGUAAUCAAGCAAAUACCUCUACUGCCAUUAGCGAUGGCUGCCCAUCUUCUCAUUUGCCUGAAUGGGGGCCACCUCCAUGCUACAGUGAAGAUUAA